AUGGCGAACGGCUGGGCCCCCAUUAUCGGCCUCAUCGUUGUCGUUAUCUUCUGCGCCGCAGCCUGGGUUCUAGCGCCAAAGGGCGAAAACCAGACGUACGUUUACCGCACCAUCCCCUCGUCAAAGACGGUCUCGACGCCAUCCAAGCCCUGUUUGCGCACCAAAGUCUCGUCGCAGCAUCUCGGUGCUGCUGCUGCCGUCGACGACCAAGACGAUAAUGAUAGGAAGCUGCACGGCGGUACACCGGGGACGAAGCGCGUACACUUUGCAUAUGAUGGCGAGACAUGCGCUGCGUAUACUGCUGCUGCUGCUGCUGCUGAUGAGAAGUCGACUUGA